AUGGCUCGCAGCGGCGAUGUGGAUGCGGGUGUGCUGGGCAAGGGCGGUUUUGGCUGCGUCUAUAGAUACGCCAUCGAUUCAUCCUUCACGCCGCCUUCUUCAAUGGAUUUAUCGCUCUCCCUCACUUCCACCGCCAUGCAUCGCCAUGCGUCUGGUUCCGAAGCGAUCGCCUCCUCGCAACUUGACCGCGGCCGCUCCUCUCCUCGUUCCCGCCUUUGCGAUCAGGUCGUAGCCGUCAACUCUGUCACGAAGCCAGCCUCUCUCGUAGCCAUCAAGCUCUGUCGCACGCCUUGCUCCGGCUCCUUUGACGAGCUGCAAAAGACGAGCCUGGUCGAUAAACGGACACGGCGCGCCGAGAUGCAGGACGACGCCAAGACCCACGUACGCAUCGUCAGAGGUGAAGGUCGCAUCUUUCAGUAUCUGCAAGCGGCACAUCAGGCGUCGGGCCGUUGCGACGAUCCUCCGCUCGUCAAGCUCCUGGCCAAUCUUCCUCCAAACGGGAUCAGUCGAGAUUCUCAGCUGGAGGCUCUCGACAUCUCGUUCGACGAGGAGGAUGGUCCGCCAACAAGACUGCUCGUCUUCGAGAAGCUCAUCGAGAUUGACGCUGAACGCACAUCGCAGGGUUGGGUCAAGUCCAACAAGAUGUGGUCGCACGAGCGCGUCGAGAAAGUCGCCCUGGAGGUCAUGCGUGGACUUCAGUUUCUGCACGAGCACAACGUGACGCAUGGCGAUUUGAAGCCAUCCAACCUCAUGCUUGAUCCUCGCACGGGCGUUGUCAAGAUCAUCGACCUCGGUGCCAGCCGCCGAUUCGUGCAUCUCUCCAACAAGGAGCGCAACAAUCGACGCGCGGUGGAAGAGCAGGACCGCCACCUCCUGGCGCGCAGCCGCCCAGUGGCUAGGCUCGCACCUGAACUCUGCGAAGGACUUGGAUCGUUGACCGGCUCACCCUACUACAUGGCACCUGAGAUCCUCCUCCAGGCGACAAGAUACGUCGACGUUUCCGGUCGGGCUCGCUCGGUGCUGGAGGACUACGAAUUCGACUUUCACUCUUUCCUCCCGCGAGAACAGUGGGGCAUGUAUCACAUCGGUCUGAGCGAUCUCAGACGUGGCUGGGGCAUCCGCGCCGACAUCUGGAGCUGGGCUUGCACCGUGCAGGCUCUAAUGCUCAAGACGAUCCACGAGGACCAGCGACCAAGCAGCAGCACCAUCUCUCCGUACGACUUUUCUUUCUCGCGUCACCGCGACGAGAUGAUUGAUCCCCUUCACGAAAAGUCUCCGAGCGAGGACGAAGUUCCACGGUUCCAUCAAUGGUGUCGGGUUCUGCCAUUGCUCAUCGUCCGCAUCGCACUCGAGCCUGUGCCGUUGACUAGCCAGGCCGAGGGCUGUUCGCCAGCCUUGCGCUCGGCGCUCAAGGCAUCGCUCCGACACCAAGACUUGCGACCCACCGCGGACGAGCUCGUUCACAUGAUGCAAGCUCCACAAUCUGGGUCUCGUGCGCCUUCGGCACACUUCGCCGGAGGACGAUCCGCCUCGCCGGCCAAGUCUAGUGUGCGUCAGCCAAGCGUGGACGGCAGCCGACACCUCUCACAGCCGACCUCUUCGCCGCGUGUACAUAGCGGCGAGUUUGACGGCUCGAGGUUCACGACUCCGACGCUGUCUCACGGUGCCUCAUCGACGAGCAGCCCGCAGAACACAUGCGAGACGGCCAAUAGGGAGUGCCAGAACAGAACGCCGGACGGCGACCGCAAGGUGCGCUCCGAGACGGGAACGACCGAGUCUACCUUUCUAGCACCUCCAUCGGCUGCGAGUCGUCGGAGCGCCGAAGACCAAGGCGACAAUGAGGACCCAGUGCCUCAAGGCUUCGAGCUUGUAUCCCCAGCGAGGAGCGAAAAGGCACUCCCGCGUAGCGCCGAUCGACCGGCGACAGCCAACGCGACACUGCAGACGACGCCACUCAGGGACAGCGUCUCAGCGCAUGUGAAGCUUGCAAGCCGCGCAGCACUGCCGCGAUCGCAGCCGUCGACACCGAAUCGCGCGGUGACUGAGGUGGCAACUUCACGAUUUGCAAGAGGUGUCGGCGAUCGCAGCCCUCUCGGCUCGCGUGUGCAACGGGUGGAGCGUGGCGUUGGUGCAGAAGGCGCCCCUCCUUUAGCUGCUGCAGGUUCGCAAGGUCUCGGCAUCGAAUGGCCGUUGGAAGGCAUGCGAAGUCUACGGCUGAAUCCUUCUGCACCGUACCGUGGCACGCUGGCCGGGCCGAGCGCGAGUGUUCCUUCGAGCCCCGCGUCGCAUGGACGUGGUGCGUCUGUGCCGAUGUUCGGGUCGACAGUUGAGCGCUCAAGGACGCCGCUCCGCGUGCCGGCUCCGGUAGCUAUGAGCUCUGCGAGACGGAUGUUGGGAGAAGAUAUUGGCGGAUCACCGCGAUGCAAUUUUGGCGACAGCCGACACCACAAGCAUGGCAGCUUAAUGGCGACGCUCAAGGAGAAGCAAGUGCGUCUCAAGGAAGGCUCGAUGAAGCUGAUGGGCAAGCGAUCGAGUGGCAUGAAGUUUGCCUCUGAUACAGGUCAUAGAUCUGCAUCCGACGACGGCCGUGAUCAUGUUGACGAAAACGUCUAUCGAAUCGGCCAUUUGGAGGGGUAUCAAGACGCAGCCGCAGGUGACCAUAGCGAGCAUUUGUCGGCGGCGCCGUUGGUCAUGUCGCCGGUUGAGAUGCGUUCGCCUGAGAGGGAAAUGCGCUUUGCGGGAUCUUCGAGCCGCCGGUCGACCAUCAAGACAGGCGACGAUCAGUCUCGUACCAAACCGCUCAUCCGUCGUCUGUUUACGUGGAGCACUUCGUCGUGA